AUGGGCAAAAAGAAGUCAAAUUCAACGAGUGCAGCUCAAGUUUUGGAAUCCUCGGUAGCACCAAUUCUUGAAAUCAAUCUCAAGGAUCCGUUGUUCACGGUUGCAGCUCACCCAACUAGACCUAUAAUCAUUACCGGGUUGGCAACAGGAGAGUUAUGCUGUAACAUUUACGAUGCAUCCAAGCUAGAAGAGCUUCUGGAAAUUCGAAGGCAGGAAGUGGCUGAACUUGAUAAGCGUGCCUAUGCAGAGGGUAAGGUGCCUCAUGUGACAAAGUCGGUAUCGCAACUGAAGAAUAAAUGGUGGACAACCAUAGGAGAUAAAACCGACAUUUCAAAAACCGGGGCAGAGGUCAAGUCUAACUUGGAUAGCGAAUUCACUAUUAAUUGGGAUACAAAGAGACAUAAGGGGUCAUGCCGCCAUGCCAUCUUUGAUCCAAGGAGUGACUCAUUGGGUGAAUUUUUAUAUUCUUGUGGAACAGACAACGUCAUCAAAAAAGCGGCCACCGAACUGGGUAAAGUUGUAAGUAAAGUGAAUGUUGCCUCCAAUUAUACCAAUCCCAACGAUAAGCUCACCAAGCUAUGCCAUUCUACGACGCAUCCAUUUUUAUUAUCGGGUACUGAAGAUGGACAUGUGUUGGUAUAUGAUUCUUCAAAUCUAUCCACAAAUAAGCUUAAAUUUAAAGUCAAUCAAGUCCACGACGACUCCAUCAAUCAUAUUUUGACGAUGCCACAAUCCCCGUACCACUACCUCACACUCGGAUCGACUACCUUGUCCCACAUUGAUAUCAGAAAAGGCAUUAUCACACAGUCGGAUGACCAAGAAGACGAAUUGUUGGCAAUGUCAUACACAACUGAUGAAUUGAGCGAAGGCAAAGGGGACACCGUCUUGGUCAGCCAUGGAGAAGGAAUUGUCACCAUUUGGAAAAACUCAAAAAAUAAACUUAUGGAUCAGUUGUCACGAAUAAAAGUCAACAAAACAGCGUCCAUAGAUACAAUUGUACCUUCGAUGAAUAACGAUUCGGAAGAUAUGGCACAUUCUGUUUGGUGUGGAGACAGUGAAGGGUUGCUUCAUCGUAUUAAUUAUAAAAAGGGUAAAGUUGUUGAAACACGUGUACACUCUAGCACCAACGGCAAAUAUGCGCCUGUUGAUGAAGUAGGGAUUUUGGACAUUGAUUACGAUUAUCGAUUAAUUAGUGCUGGGAUGGACACUUUGAAAAUUUGGUCGAAUAAAGAAGUUGAAGAUGAUGGAACUGAGGAGGAAGAAGAUAGCAUUGAUGAAAGUGGAGAUAGUAGUGAUGAUGAACUUGGAGCCUCCAUGAGCGACGCUUCUUCUCUGAACGAGGUUUCGGACUUUAACUCGGAUGAUGAGAGUGAAAUUGAAGGCGAAGAGGUUGACAACGAACAAGAUGAACAAGCCGUGAGUCAAAGCGACGAUGAUGAUUCACAAGCUCAAAGCGUUCCCCCGGCGUAUAAACGUAAGAGAAGAGAUUUUUCUGAAGUUAUAACCAAACCUAAAAAGAAAGCUGUUGAUAUCAAUAAGCUCACCAAACAGGGUGGCGAAGAGAAUGAUGCAGAACCCACACUGAAGAAACAGAAAAUAAAAGAAAAAAAACUUACCACCAAGCAACUAAGAAAUAUGCAAAAACACGAACAUGGAAUUAGAAGAUUUGAAGGUUUAUAG